CAGUGUUGCCACCUGGUUUGCCACUCCGGCUGUUUGUGUUUUUGCUAUGACCAUUAGGAUUCCUAGGCGAAAUAUGUUUAUAAUCAAUGCCCCCGAGGAGGAGGAGAAGUGCACCGAGGCGCAGCUGGACAUCCUGCUCAAGAUCAACACCGGGGAGUACCGGCUGGUGAAGAAGAACAAGCGGAGCUCCGUGUGGAACGUCUACCGGGAAAUAGCCCGUUCCGAUGGGACCAAGCUGAAAUGGCGCUACUUCUGCAUCGGCUGCAAGCGUGUGAUGCAGUCCACGGGCGGCACCACCUCCAAUCUGCGCAUCCACAAGUGCCAUGUGCGGUACCUCAAGCAGAAUGCCCAUCUUACCGACGGGAGUCUCUCCUAUAACCACGCCCCCGCUCCCACCGCCGUUCCACAGGCGCUGCGCAGCCAAAAGUCCACCACCAAGCGUCCUCCUUCCUACGCCACCCAGUGCGAGAGACUGUACGAGGUCACCAUGGAUCCGCUCAACCAGUACAGCGAUGUGGAGGACGAAAUGGAAGUUCAUUUGGAGGAGGAGAGUGCCGUGGAGCAGACUCCGGAAUCGGAGCGUGAUCUGGAAUCCUCUAAGGCCCGACCCCUGCUGAAGCUAUUUUCCGAGGAGAACCUGUCGGUUGAGCCAGAGCCAGAGCCUGAAGAAGAGGGCGAAUCGCCGGAGACGGAAGACCACAACAUGCUGCCAAUUGAGCUGGACCCAUCGGAGAUCCAGCACACCUCAUCGGGCUCCAGGCAUGUGGCAAGCGAGCCCAAGCCCACGGACAGCGGCUUCCUGUUCGACGCCAGCGCCCUGUCCGAAGCGGAAUCCUAUGCCAAAGCGUGGGCCCACGCCUUCCUGCGCCUGAGCGAGGAACAAAAGUUCUAUGCCAAGCGCUCCAUUGAUGAGCUACUUGUUCUGGGUCGGCUGGAGCGAUUGAACAUUUCGACCGUCACAUCCUUGACCACCAACCUGUAGCACCCAGCCGCGCCAAUACCACUUAAAUUAGCCUAAGAUUAUAGCUUAUAACGCAGAUUAAACAAUUUGCUCAACUAA